GUUGCUAGCGACAAAGGAGGCUACAGUCAACUAGACGUGCGAAUUCGAAGGAGAUAAACAAUUAACUUUUGUUUUAAUCACUUUGCAAUAAGGAACAGGAUCUUUAAAAGAAUCUACAAUGGAUGAUGAACAACUGCGAAAUAUUGCACAGCUUUUGGUGAAGAGUGUAAUAGAGAAAGCUGUUGAUAAAAUAAAUACCGAAACAAGGGAAAUAAACGAAGGUCUUGACCAGGGAGUUGAUGAUAUUGAAGAGAUGACCAUUGGACGGUCAAUUAUGUACAUCCGCGAAUUUCGAAUUUCACCAACUGUUAAUAAGAUUGAGGGAAUGGCAGGACAACUGGAUAAGGAAGUAGACGACAUUGUAGGACUGACCAGUGAACGGUCAAUCACAGCCAUACACGAAUGUCAAAGUUUUACAACUGACAAUAAGACGGAGGGAAUGAUUGGACUUCACAAAACCUUGGUUACUGCAACAUCGGAAGUAACAACUGGCGCUACAGGAAGUAAGCCCCUAAAGAUUAAAGAUGGUCGAAUCAAACCAAGUGUUGGAGGAAACGAUAACCAGCCUCAUAUUAUCACCUCUGACCCCGUCAAAGACGUCAAACUGACAGGACUCAAGAUAGGGCACGAGGCUACAACGGAUGCGCAGAUGACCAAUGCCACCCAAAAGAAGAAUGUACUUGAACGAUUGUUGGACAGAAUUCUCAAGAGAAACAAGAAAGAAGCGAAGGAAAUGAAUACCGCUACAGCUGGUGGCAGCACCAGCACCUCAGUCGGUGGAAAGAAGAAGAGCGCAUCCAAGGCCCAUAACAAGAGAGACUGGAUACGUAGAAAUCUCCUGUGCUGCUUCGUCAGACAGACUGCCACAGUCGAGCCUGUAUUUGACUAAAUACAGACAGAGAAACAAGUCAUGAACAUUAAUGAGAAAAAAGUCUGUUGUAAAUAAUAGACCUGCAGUAGUGACCAGUAUAUAUUACAGCCUGCUUUCCUUUGUUAUAAAGAGACAGACCGGAUUUCCUGCUGUAUCAUCACUGAGAUAUGUUAAAACUAUUAGAUAAAAUAUUUGUAAAUAAAGAAAAACAAUG